AUGUCACCCUCUUCUUCUCUCAUUUUCUUUUUACUGUAUCUUUGCAACCUUUCUUUCUUAGACGCUCUCGAUGGUGGAUUCAGUGUGGAGAUCAUCCACCGUGAUUCACCAAAAUCACCGUUCUAUCGCUCCACAGAAACUCACUUCCAAAGGGUUUCCAAUUCUCUGCGUCGUUCAAUCAAUCGUGUCAAUCAUUUCAACGAAUCCUUUGUGUCUCCAAACACACCAAAGGCCAUUGUAUUCUCAGAUUUUGGUGAAUACGUGAUGAGGUAUGCAGUUGGAACCCCACCAGUGAAGGUCUUUGGAAUUAUUGAUACGGCUAGUGACAUUAUUUGGAUGCAAUGCAAACCAUGCAAAAAAUGUUACAGGCAAGCCACUCCUUUCUUUGAUUCUAGAAAAUCUGUAACAUACAAAACCAUCCCUUGCAAUUCUAAGACAUGUGAUUCGGUGCUAGGUACCGCUUGCACCUCUCAGUUUACAAAACACUGUACAUAUAAUAUUUACUACGGGGAUGGGACAUACUCACAUGGAGAUCUUAGUGAAGAGACUCUCACUUUAGCCUCCACCAAUGGUUUUCCUGUCAAACUUCCUGGAACUACAAUAGGAUGUGGUCGUUACAAUGGUAUGGUCUUUAAAGGGGCAAAUUCUGGCAUAGUUGGCCUAGCACGUGGACCUGUGUCCCUUGUAACUCAACUGGGUCCUUCAGUAGGUUGGAAGUUUUCUUAUUGUUUGGUCCAAGCAAUUUCAAAAUCCAAUUCAACUAGCAAACUCAAUUUUGGAGAUGCUGCUAUGGUUUAUGGGCCUGGAACUGUCUCAACACCAUUAUUCUCACACAAUAAACAACUAUUUUACUACCUAACGUUAGAAGGAUUAAGUGUUGGAAGCAAUAGAAUAGAGUUUGGAAGCUCUUUACUUACAUCUGGUGGAGGUGGAAAUAUCAUAAUUGACUCAGGUACUACACUCACUUUUUUACCAGAAGAUGUUUACUCAAGGUUGGAAUUAGCAGUGGCACAGGACGUUAAAUUGAAGCGUACUAAGGAUCCAAAUCAAGUGUUGGGGCUUUGCUACGAAGGUACAUUAGAUAAACUAGAUUUACCAGUGAUCACAGCACAUUUUAGUGGGGCAAAUGUUCUUUUAUAUGCUAUUAACACCUUUGUUGAAGUGGCUGAUGGGGUUGUAUGCUUGGCUUUCCAGCCAAGUCAAAACAAUGGUGCCAUCUUUGGGAAUUUGGCUCAGCAAAACCUUUUAAUUGGCUAUGACCUCCAAAAAAAUACAGUGUCCUUUAAGCACACAGAUUGCUCUAAGAUGUGA